GGGCGCCUCUACCCUUUUCGCAUCUCUGCGGCCGUGCCGCUGCCUGAGCGGGAGGCGAGCAGCGGAGCCUAUGGAGGAGCCCGAGUAUUUCGCAGCCGCCACGGCGGAGUGGGGCGAUGACACCGACGGAGGAGCGGAUGAUGAAUAUGGAGGGGAAGAUGAUGCCGAGGUCCAGCAGGAAUGCCUUCACAAAUUUUCCACCCGAGAUUACAUCAUGGAGCCCUCCAUUUUUAAUACUUUAAAGCGGUACUUCCAAGCAGGUGGUUCUCCAGAAAAUGUGAUUCAGCUCUUAUCAGAGAAUUACACCGCUGUGGCUCAGACAGUGAAUCUUUUGGCUGAAUGGCUUAUUCAAACAGGCGCCGAGCCCAUUCACGUCCAGGAAACCGUGGAAAACCAUUUAAAAAGUUUGCUGAUUAAACACUUCGAUCCACGUAAAGCGGAUUCCAUUUUCACAGAGGAGGGAGAGACUCCAGCCUGGCUCGAGCAAAUGAUAGCACACACAACAUGGCGAGACCUUUUUUACAAGCUGGCUGAAGCUCAUCCAGACUGUCUCAUGUUGAACUUCACUGUCAAGCUUAUCUCCGAUGCUGGAUACCAAGGGGAGAUCACCAGUGUAUCAACAGCUUGUCAGCAGUUGGAAGUUUUUUCUCGUGUACUGCGGACAUCUCUGGCUACUAUCUUAGAUGGUGGAGAAGAAAAUCUGGAGAAGAAUUUACCGGAAUUUGCUAAAAUGGUGUGCCAUGGUGAGCACACGUAUCUUUUUGCUCAAGCUAUAAUGUCCAUGUUAGCGCAAGAAGAACAAGGGGGCUCUGCCGUGCGAAGAAUCGCUCAAGAGGUCCAGCGAUUUGCUCACGAAAAAGGGCAUGAUGCCAGUCAGAUCACCCUAGCGUUGGGCACUGCAGCUUCCUAUCCCCGCGCCUGCCAAGCCCUCGGUGCCAUGCUGUCGAAAGGAGCGCUGAAUCCAGCAGACAUCACAGUCCUCUUCAAGAUGUUCACAAGCAUGGAUCCUCCUCCUGUAGAACUGAUUAGAGUUCCCGCUUUUUUAGAUCUCUUUAUGCUGUCACUGUUCAAGCCAGGAGCAAAAAUCAAUCAGGACCAUAAGCACAAAUACAUCCACAUUUUGGCCUAUGCGGCUAGCGUGGUGGAAACAUGGAAGAAGAACAAGAGGGUGAGCAUCAAUAAAGAUGAGCUCAAGUCAACUUCAAAAGCGGUUGAAACAGUUCACAAUCUUUGCUGCAAUGAGAAUAAAGGCGCUUCGGAGCUUGUCGCAGAGCUGAGUACCCUUUAUCAGUGCAUCAGAUUUCCAGUUGUAGCCAUGGGGGUAUUGAAAUGGGUUGACUGGACGGUGUCAGAACCCCGAUAUUUCCAGCUUCAGACAGAUCACACUCCGGUACAUUUGGCGCUCUUGGACGAGAUCAGCACCUGCCACCAACUACUUCAUCCUCUAGUCUUGCAGCUUCUGGUCAAACUUUUUGAGACUGAGCACUCUCAGCUUGAUGUCAUGGAACAGCUGGAGCUUAAGAAGACUCUUCUGGACAGAAUGGUUCACUUGUUGAGCCGUGGCUAUGUCCUGCCAGUGGUGAGCUAUAUCCGGAAAUGCCUGGAGAAGUUGGACACAGAUAUAUCUCUGAUCAGAUAUUUUGUGACCGAGGUACUGGAUGUGAUUGCCCCUCCCUACACCUCUGACUUUGUGCAGCUUUUCCUUCCAAUUUUGGAAAAUGACAGCAUUGCAGGAACCAUUAAGACAGAAGGUGAACAUGACCCAGUGACAGAGUUCAUAGCUCACUGCAAAUCGAAUUUCAUCAUGGUCAGCUGAAGUAAGGGUGAAACUCCACAUCCAGAAGCCACUGGUGACCAGGCCCAUUUCGUGUCGCAUAAAGAAAAUUCAAAUGGUUUGCUGAUAGUUUUCAGGUUAAGUAGGAACUCACACUGGACAGUUUUACUUGUGUAGAAAGCAAUUAUAGGCACAGAUUGCAUCAAUACUUCAAACCUUGGUCCUCUUGAAGAAGGACUGAAAAGAUGGCGUAGUUUCCCUGCUCCACGUAUAUGACCCAGUGAAGUAUGGUAGCCAUGGUAUUCUCUAAGAAAUUCAUUGUUUAGUAUAUGACUGGUUACUUCUAGUAAGUAGAGCUGACAUCGUUUUAUGAAUUUGUCUCUACUCUUGACAGUGUUCCAGUCAGUUUUGUAGACUGGAAAAGCAGUGUAUUAAUCUCUCGUACUUGCUUUCAUUCUUGACAAUCCUAUAAACAUCUGGUGAAAAUAUUUUAUCAGAUAUGCCCCAUUUGAAAAUACUCUUUUGCAAACCUUCUCCAACCUGGGGACCCUUAUAUAUGUUGGGUCUACAGAUCACAUCCUUUGGUGGAUCCCCAGGCUGAAUAAACCUCCUUACAAUGUCUUUAUUACAUUGUAGCUGGUAAAUCAACCCUCAUAAGAUGAUUGUUGAGAAACAGACCUAUGCUUAGCAUCUGUUGCAUUCAAAAAAAAAAUUUUUUUUAAAUCAUUUGUGUAUCACAAAUGUUUAUGUUUGUGAACCCUAGAAAAGAAAUACAGGUAUUGUUCUUUUAGGAGAAAAUAUUAACCAUUAUCAGUAAGUUUCAUUACUUUGACAGAAAUACAUAUGUUUGUUGUUACAUUUCUCUAAAUGCAUAGCAUAUGCAGUAAUGUAUAACUUUUCAGAUCUGUUUUCUUGCUACAUAUCAGAUGAGUGAAAAGUAUGACAGCUUGUAAUUUUUAAUAAAUUUUCUUUUGGGUAAAAAUU